GAUCGUCUUUAAGAAGGCUGAUGCUGACGUGCUCUCUCCACCACUCCCAGUCUCAAUCCGCUUUUUGCUUUUUCAUUUCUCUUCAACUUCUCAAAUAUUUUUAAACAAUGAAGAAGUGAAAAGAAGCCAUUGGAUACGAAUUAUCAAGACUCUUGUAGGAGGAAGAGAACGUUUUGUCUUUCUUUCUCCCAGUAGAGAGGACCCUGGCCACCAUGCUGUUGAAGCUUCUCCUCCCUUGCCUGCUGUUCGGAGCUCUGAACCAGGCUCAGCAGGAACCCGUGAAGGAUUGCUCAGUCCAGAUCAAGUGUCCGAUCAACGUGUAUUUCACCAUCGACACAUCAGAGAGCAUCGCUCUGCAGUUUCUUCCUCCAGGGGGCCUGGUGAAUCAGAUCAAGGCCUUCUCAGAGGUCUUUGUGAAGAAGCUACAGGAGGAGCUGUACAAGGACCACAUCACGAUCACCUGGGAGUUCGGGGGGCUGCACUUCUCCGAUCGAGUGGAGAUCUACAGCCAGAUCACCAGCAACUCCAAUGAUUACAUCCAGCGCCUGCGCAGUAUCGAGUACCUGGGCCGGGGCACCUUCACGGACUGCGCCCUGGCCAACAUGACCUCCCAGGUGGUGGCCCAGGCCUCCCCGGAUAACCGUGUGCGCUUUGCAGUGGUAAUCACUGAUGGGCAUGUGACAGGCAGCCCCUGCGGGGGCAUGAAGGCCAGGGCAGAGAGUGCCAGGGACGCAGGGAUUAGGCUCUUUUCUGUGUCUCCCAGCAUUAACAAGUACGAUUCGGGUCUGAGGGAGAUCUCCAACAGCCCUGCCGAGCUGUACCGCAACAACUACCAGGCCACCGGGAUCACAGGAGAGGUCCACACGGAAACCAUCGACCGCAUUAUCAAAGUCAUGAAACAUGAAGCCUAUUCUGAGUGUUACAAACUGACUUGCUUGGAGAAACCAGGGCCCCCUGGGCCAAAGGGCUACAGAGGACAGAAGGGUGCAAAAGGAGACAUCGGGGACGAAGGACCUCCUGGGAACAAAGGAAGACAAGGGGAUCCCGGUAUUGAAGGUCCAAUUGGUUACCCUGGCCCCAAGGGGUUUCAUGGUGUGAAAGGCGAAAAGGGGGAACUGGGAUCUGAAGGAAAGAGGGGUAUUGCAGGGCUGGCUGGGCGGAAUGGAACAGAUGGACAGAAGGGCAAACUUGGACGUAUCGGAGCUCCGGGCUGCAAAGGAGAUCCUGGUGACAAGGGCCUCCCUGGGUAUCCUGGUGAUGUUGGAGAGAGGGGACAAGAAGGAGACCCUGGUUCUAAGGGAGACCCCGGCCGGCCAGGCAGAGAUGGGCCCCCCGGGCCCCCUGGAGAGCCAGGACAGAUGGGAGAGCGAGGAGGUCCAGGAUCCCCCGGCUUUCCUGGGCAGAAAGGAAUACAGGGAGAAAGUGGCAGAGCUGGACCUAAAGGAGAACCGGGGCGGAGAGGGGACCCUGGAAACAAAGGCGGUGCUGGGCCGACUGGCCCCAAAGGAGAGAAGGGAGACAUUGGCCCUGAGGGGCAGAGGGGACUUCCUGGAGAAGUAGGAAACAAAGGAGCCAAGGGAGACUUGGGACUGCCAGGACCUAGAGGCAGUUCCGGAGAAAUCGGUGGUUCAGGAAGAAAUGGCUCCCGUGGAGAUUCUGGUGAUGUGGGACAGAGAGGGGAACCUGGAGCUCCAGGACCAAAGGGUGACAGGGGAAGAACGGGAUUCAGCUACCCCGGCACCCGCGGACCCACGGGUGAUCGUGGUGAUAAAGGCAACCCAGGACCUCAGGGAGUACGGGGCGAAUAUGGACCGAAGGGGGACCCUGGUGUUAAGGGCACUGGUGGAGACCCGGGUGAUCCAGGACCUUCUGGGGAGCCUGGACUGCGAGGACCCCAAGGAGAACCAGGAGAGCCAGGAGAUCCCGGCCCUGAAGGAGAUCCUGGCCUGACAGACUGUGAUGUCAUGACCUACGUCAGAGAGACCUGUGGAUGCUGUGACUGUGAGAAGCGCUGUGGGGCUCUGGAUAUCGUCUUUGUUAUUGACAGCUCUGAGAGUGUGGGGCUCACCAACUUCACCCUGGAGAAGAACUUUGUGAUCAACGUGGUGAGCAGGCUGGGCUCCAUCGCCAAGGACCCCAAAUCGGACACAGGCACUCGCGUUGGCAUCGUCCAGUACAGCCAUGACAACACCUUUGAGGCCAUCCAGCUGAACGACCCGCGCAUCGACUCGCUGGCCACCUUCAAGGACGCUGUGAAGAGGCUGCAGUGGAUCGCGGGGGGCACCUACACCCCCUCCGCCCUGCGCUUCGCCUACGACCAGCUGAUCAAAGGUAGCAAGCGCGACAAGGCCAAGGUUUUCGCUGUGGUCAUCACAGAUGGGCGCUACGACCCACGUGAUGACGAGAAGCUCCUGCAGUCCCUGUGCAGCGGCGACGUCAUCGUCAACGCCAUCGGCAUCGGGGACAUGUUCAGCCGUCACCAGGAGGACGAGAGCCUGAAAUCCAUUGCGUGCAAUGAUCAGAGCCGCGUGACCGGGAUGAACCUGUUUGCAGACCUGGUAGCCGAGGAGUUCAUCGACAAAAUGGAGGAGGUGCUGUGCCCAGAUCCAUUUGUUGUUUGCCCAGAUCUUCCCUGCAAAACAGAGCUUGCCGUAGCACAGUGCACACAGCGCCCAGUCGACAUCGUCUUCCUGCUGGAUGGCUCGGAGCGGGUUGGCUUGGAGAACUUCCGCUACGCCCGCACCUUCGUGGAGGAUGUGGCACGGCGGCUGAUCCUGGCCCGCCGUGAGGAUGACGAGCUGAACGCACGCAUGGCCCUGCUGCAGUACGGCAGUGAGGCCGAGCAGAGAGUAGCCUUCUCCCUGACACACAACCUCACCGUCAUCGCGGACAGCCUGGCGCAGAUGAAAUACCUCGACUCCUCCUCCAACGUGGGCUCCGCCAUCAUCCACGCCAUCAACAACAUCGUCAAUGACCAGAGGGGGCGCCAGAGAGUCGCCCGGCGCAACGCGGAGCUUGCCUUCGUCUUCAUCACGGACGGCAUCACCGGCAGUAAGAGCCUCUCAGAGGCCGUCACCUCCAUGCGCAAGGCCGAUGUUGUUCCCACGGUGAUCGCCGUGGGGGACGAUGUAGACAUGGACAUCCUGCUGCAAAUCGGACUGGGAGACCGGGCGGCCAUCUUCCGUGAGAAAGCCUUCUCCCAGCUCUCCAGGUCCAGCUUCUUCGAUCAUUUCAUCAGGUGGAUUUGUUAGUAGUGCUGUCACGGGGGGAUAUAUUAUUGGAUAUAAACACAGAAUCUUUUCUUGACAUAUCAGUAACUUUUUUUAUGAGCUGUUUAUUUGUGGGUUAGAAUUUUAAACAGGAAAAAGAAUCACGCAAUUAUUAUUAUUAAUUUUUUUACAUUAUGGUGCUGUUGUUAGAGAAGAUUUGGAGACUGUAUUUGUGUUUCUCACUGAGUAUGCUUCUGUCACUUAUCUGUAAUCUGAAGAUCUGUGGAUUUCUUUUAGUUUUUGUUUCCUGCAGGCCACAACUUUGGUCCAACAUGUUAAUUGUUUAAUUAAACCAUUAAACCUCC